CUGCAGUCACCGCCGAGGUGAUUUCCUAUUGGAUAAUCACAUCAUUAGCUAAGAGCCAAUCACACACUGUAUCCAAGAGGAAUGGACCCACUGAGAUUGAGUCAAGGUUUUUGAAUGCUGAGUUCUGUUCAACCACCAAAGGACAUUUCUUUCUUCCGUUUGGAGAGGGAACGCACACUGAAGAGAGGACUUCAGGUGGCUGAAGCCUUGCCGGUUCAGUCUCAGGCUGACGUCAUGCAAAGAGAGCUGGAGAGUUGCUUGACCUUGGAGUACACUCCUGACAGUCUGCCUCCACUACUGCACCAGUUCUAUACCGACAGAUCAUGUCACUUGGCUCACAUCAAAUAUCUGCUCAUGCUGAGAUGGAGGAGAUUCUGCCGCCACACCAGCGUCAUUGAGAAGCUUUAUCCUCAUUACAAGGAUCAGGUCUCAUACUUGACGAGUGAAUCCUGA